AUGGAUCUGCAAGGCCGUAUUCACGUCGUUGCCCCUACGCAAGAACACACUCACACCAUCAUACUUCUCCACGGCCGCGACAGCAAUGCUAGUGAGUUCGCCAGUGAAUUCUUCGAAAGCCAAGCAUCAAACGACCAAACGCUCCUCGAGAUCUUCCCCACCUUCAAAUGGGUAUUUCCCGCCGCAAAACCCCGCAUGUCAGCCCGAUUCCAGGUAGAAAUGUCCCAAUGGUUCGAUAUGUGGGAUGUCGAGAAGCACGUGGAGCGGCUAGAGCUGCAAAAGGAGGGGUUGGAGGAAUCUCGGUCUUUUAUCAACGACGUUAUCCAGAAGGAGAUUAUAUCGAUUCCAGUAGAUCGUAUUAUACUUGGCGGCAUCAGUCAAGGAUGUGCCACAGCUGCUGCAACGUCCCUGAUAGAUGGCAAACACAAACUGGGUGGGUUCAUCGGGUUUUCCAGUUGGAUGCCUUUCGUGGCGCACACACCAGUACCACAUCAUACAAUUCCAGUAUUUUUGGCACACUGCAAAGACGAUCAGAUGGUACCGGUCGAGAACGGACGGGACUUGCGCCAGGAUUUGGAGAGACGCGGUUUGAUUGUCACGUGGAAGGAAUAUGAGGAUGGGGGACAUUGGAUUAAUGAACCACAAGGUGUGGAUGAUGUAGUGGAAUUCCUGCAAACGGUUGCAGUAGGUCAUUGA